AUGAAAUCUAAAGAUAUAAUUCUGAGUAUUGCCUUCUUCUCCCAGACAGGAAUUGGACUUCUAGGGAAUUCCUUCCUUAUUUCUUGCUUCAUCUUUGUGUUUCUCAGUGGACAUAGGAUGAGAUCUAUAGAUGCCAUUAUCACUCAGCUGGCCUUGGUCAACGGCUUAGUUUUUCUCUCAAAGGGUAUCCCUCAGACAAUGGCAGCUUUGGGUCUGAAAAAUUUCCUGGAUGAAAUUGGCUGUAAAAUUAUUUUCUACCUUCACAGAGUAGCUCGGGAUCUUUCUCUCAGCUUGACUUGCCUCCUGAGUGGCUUUCAGGCCAUCAGCAUCAGCCCCAACAACUCCAAUUGGGCAAGGCUUAAAUCCAGAGCCCCAACAUACCUCAUUCCUUCUAGUCUCUUCUGUUGGACUUUUCACCUGCUUUUCUGUAUCUAUAUUCCUCUUGGAGUUAAGGGCCCAAGGCAAACCAGAAAUAUCUCUGAGACACAAGAUCAGGGAUAUUGUUCUCAUAACAUUCCUUCUGGAUUUCAUGCCUCAUUAGUUGUAACCUUUCUUUCCUUUUCUGAUGUUGUGUAUUUGGGACUCAUGGCCUCUGCCAGUGGCUACAUGGUGUUUCUUCUGUAUAGGCAUCACAAACAAGUCCAGCAAAUUCACAUUACCUGCUUGUCCCCCAAAGCCUUCCCAGAGAUGAAGGCCACCCAAACUAUCCUACUGUUAGUGAGCACCUUUAUUUCCUCUUACUUACUCAAUUGCAUCUUGGCAGUGUAUAUGUCAGGUAUAAAGUCCCCACUCUGGCUGACGCAUACCUCUGCUUUCCUUGGUUCAUGUUACCCAGCUGUUAGCCCCUAUGUGCUGAUCAGCAGUGACUCACAAGUUCCCAGGUACCUCAAUGCUCUUUGUGGGAGAAAAACCCCACAUUUUGACCCUGACAACAGAUGA